UUGGAAAUAUUUAAUCAUGAUCCUAAACUAAUCCUUGAUGGUUAUGCAAGUUUAGUUCCUCGUGUAAAAUUGACAUUGACUAUGGUUUGCAGUUAUUUCAGGAAAUUGAAAACCAAGUUCUAACUCAUUUGUUUUUAUUUAUGAAAAUUCAAAGUAACAAAUAACCUGUAGACAAUAAGCAUUCCCUUGAUUUAGUGUGCAAAGUGUGAAGCUAAAAAUGGUUGUGGGUAACUCAAAUUCUUCAAAAUCUCAACCCACAUUUUAUCCACCCUCGUUGAUGCCGUCCUACAUGGGUCCACAUCCUCCAUCCAAGUUCGAUCGCUCUUUGGAGGAUGGUGGAGCUACUAAUUACUUCCAAAAUUACAGAAACCGAGUCCUAUCGAAGAUUUCGAUGCCAAUUUACAAAUGGGGAAUGGAAAGUGUACCGUACAGUCCAAGGCCUAAUAUUGCUGCAACUAAAAUUCACCGUAGCCUUAAUCGCAACUUAACAGUUCCAUUGAAUGACAUUUCAAGAAUCGACGCAGCACGCAUGAAAGAAAUCGACAAUUUAUACAAAGGAGUUCAAUUGCAUCGUAAACAAUACAUGGACCACACUGGCAGUCUUCAUCCUUUGGAAUUCUUCAAGCCUGAUCAUUAUAAAUACCAGUGUGCACCAGGAAUGACAUUGUCAUACUUUUCUAAAUAUCCAACGAGUUUCGUUGCAUAUAAAAUACCUAAUGCUUUGCCUCUGACAUACGAAAGGCGAAAGCAAACACCUUAUAUACCGGAUAUGUCCCUUUCCGGCAUUUAUAAUCAAUCAUCCUGCAACGCUUAUAGGAGAUAAAU